UUCUCCCUUACAAAUCCCCCUGUUGUUCCUAUCCUCAUAAUUCAUGUACACCCUUCUUCUUCGUUUGGUUCUUCAAAUCUGCCAGAGACACCCUUGCUGCAGCAGCAAUUCUGUAGCGCUUCCUCGACGAUCUGAUCUUCGGGGCUGAGGUUUAGAUUUUACUAUUAAGCCGUACCGUUAAAACUGAAAAACAUCUUCCGUUUAUCCAAUUCUCCGAUCCGCCUGUGAAGAAUGCCGUCGGUCUACGGAGCCCGAUUGACUACUUUUGAAGAUUCAGAGAAGGAAAGCGAGUAUGGAUACGUUCGAAAGGUAUCGGGACCAGUCGUCAUUGCAGAUGGAAUGGCUGGGGCUGCUAUGUACGAACUGGUACGUGUUGGACAUGACAACCUUAUUGGGGAGAUUAUUAGAUUGGAAGGAGAUUCUGCUACAAUCCAAGUUUAUGAAGAAACAGCUGGAUUGACGGUGAACGAUCCCGUUCUAAGAACACACAAGCCUCUGUCAGUGGAGUUGGGUCCUGGAAUUUUGGGAAACAUAUUUGAUGGAAUUCAGAGGCCUCUGAAGACCAUCGCAAAACUAUCUGGGGAUGUGUAUAUUCCUCGUGGAGUCUCAGUUCCAGCCCUUGACAGAGACACGCUUUGGGAUUUCCAACCUAAAAAAAUAGGUGAGGGAGAUCUUCUAACAGGAGGAGACUUAUAUGCCACUGUCUUUGAGAACAGUUUAAUGGAACACCGUGUUGCACUUCCUCCUGAUGCUAUGGGAAAGAUAACCUAUAUUGCACCAGCUGGUCAAUAUUCCUUGAAGGACACUGUUUUGGAGCUUGAGUUUCAAGGGGUCAAAAAGCAAAUUACCAUGCUUCAGACCUGGCCUGUACGAUCUCCCAGGCCUGUUGCGUCAAAGCUUGCUGCUGAUACUCCACUUCUUACCGGGCAGCGAGUGCUUGAUGCUCUUUUCCCCUCGGUCCUUGGUGGGACGUGUGCCAUUCCUGGUGCAUUUGGCUGUGGAAAAACAGUCAUUAGUCAAGCUCUUUCCAAGUAUUCCAAUUCCGACACUGUUGUGUAUGUUGGUUGUGGGGAAAGAGGAAAUGAAAUGGCAGAGGUUCUAAUGGAUUUUCCUCAAUUGACAAUGACACUGCCUGACGGCCGUGAGGAAUCUGUUAUGAAACGUACCACACUUGUGGCAAACACUUCAAACAUGCCCGUGGCUGCUCGUGAGGCUUCAAUCUAUACAGGAAUCACUAUAGCUGAAUACUUCAGAGAUAUGGGAUACAAUGUUAGCAUGAUGGCAGAUUCAACAUCACGUUGGGCAGAAGCAUUGCGUGAAAUUUCAGGUCGACUGGCGGAGAUGCCAGCAGAUAGUGGAUAUCCUGCUUAUCUGGCAGCACGUUUGGCCUCAUUCUACGAACGUGCUGGCAAAGUGAAAUGCCUUGGUGGGCCAGAACGUAAUGGUAGUGUCACCAUUGUUGGUGCUGUUUCUCCUCCCGGAGGAGAUUUCUCUGAUCCUGUUACAUCUGCAACCCUCAGCAUUGUGCAGGUUUUCUGGGGUCUGGACAAGAAACUGGCCCAGAGGAAACACUUCCCUUCUGUGAAUUGGCUCAUUUCGUAUUCAAAGUAUUCAACGGCAUUAGAAUCCUUCUAUGAGAAAUUCGAUCCAGAUUUUAUUGACAUCAGGACAAAAGCUCGUGAAGUGCUACAGAGAGAAGACGAUCUUAAUGAAAUUGUCCAACUGGUCGGUAAGGAUGCUUUAGCUGAAACAGAUAAAAUUACCAUGGAGACAGCAAAGCUUUUAAGGGAAGACUAUCUUGCCCAGAAUGCCUUCACUCCGUACGACAAAUUUUGCCCUUUCUACAAGUCUGUUUGGAUGAUGCGCAACAUUAUCCAUUUCUAUAAUUUGGCCAAUCAGGCCGUGGAACGAGGAGCUGGUAUGGAUGGCCAGAAAAUAACAUACACCCUUAUCAAGCAUCGGCUAGGAGAUCUAUUCUACCGCUUGGUGUCUCAAAAAUUUGAGGAUCCUGCUGAAGGAGAGACAGCCCUUGUGGCAAAGUUCAAGAAACUAUAUGAUGAUCUGACAGCAGGUUUCCGUAAUCUCGAAGAUGAAACUCGAUGAUCGACUGUAAAAUGUCGUGAGAUUCACCCAGUUGGUUUUCUGUUCAUUGUGCUUUUGUAUGAGGGAACCGAAUGAGAUUAUUAGGCCCUUAUCGCGCACUCUAGUGUUUAGCCUUUGUUUUAUAUGGGUUGGUGUAAUAUCUAUUUUUUGUAAUUUCAGUUGUUUCUUUUUGGCGUGGUCAAAAAUAAAGACGCCGCUUUUGCUUGUGAUAUUUUAUUUGCACAUGGAUCCAAUAAAUAUCUGGUUGACUUGUAUCUUAA